UGUCUCCAUAGCAACAAGAAAACAUUUAAAGAGCUACACCAAUAAACAAAUGACGGCGGCCAUAUGCAGCGCUUUUUUAGUCACGAAAAAGUUAUUUGUUUUGGGAUAGUAUUGAUGUAUUGCAAGAAAAAAGCUAGUUGUGUUGAAUGGUGCUCGUGCUCUAUAUAAGGGAAACUUACCAUUAACAGCUAGGCCAAGCACUUUCAAUUUCCAUUUGAAUUGAAAGUAGUCCAGCCUUCCGUUACGUUUUGGGGGCCCUUCGUGACGUCACGAUAUCAUCAUCGUUGUUUAUAGGGCGUACACAAACCAGGCGAAAAACGCCUUGUUCGCCAAAUUUUAUCUGAAUUAAAGAUCCUUAAACUCAAUACGAUAUACUACUAUACGUUCUUAUGGUUUUCUUUUUACGGUACGUCCCUGUUUUCACCUUAAAAAAAAGAAAAAAAAAGGAUUUUUAGGUCAGUGCCGCGCAAUAGCGUGUAUUCCUACGCUCGGUUUAAACUGCGAAAUAAGUUUUGAGGGUUUUAAUUAAAACUACUUUGUGACACACAUUUCAAUGAAACGGUAUCAAAAUGCAUUGGAAAGACAAUAAAACGUAUUUAAAUGAAUGCAACGGUUUCAGUAGACAAAAAAUUCACAAAAUAACAGGAACUAGCCCAACUACGCGUAGUUGAAAGCGACACUUGGUAGACGAUCAGCUGGCUCUUUGUUGCCUGCCUUGAUAGGCCAAAAGCCCAAACAGAAUUUGUAAUGGAGUGGUAAGGAAAAGUCCGUUAAAUCGUCACUACAAUCUCAAACAAAGCCCUCUACCCAAUUGCUGGGAGUGUGGUAAGGUGCUGCAAGCGGUGCAACUUGAGACGAGCAGUACUGCAGAAUGGAAGUCCCAAUGGAUGUAGCUGGGGGCAAAAGUUCUUGUCCCGAUGUAUCAACACUGGUGCAGAGUCUACAACAAGCCUUGGCCCUUGAAGCUAAGUUCCAACCAAAGCUUCAACUUCCGUCAACAGCCAGCAAUACAGGAGAAAGCGGUGAAAUUACAUGUGCAAUGAGGGAUGGAGCUGCUCAUGUUCUUCGCUGCUUGAAGGUCUGGUAUGAUCUUCCUUCUGCAGUUCUUCUGGAUGCUCUCAACAUGAUGGACAGGUUCAUGAGCCGCAUGAAAGCACGCCCUAAACACCUCUCAUGCAUAGCAAUCAGCUCCUUCCAUCUAGCAGCUUGCCAAUGGGUGGAGAGGGUUAAACAGAACAACAAUGAGGCAUCUUCCAUUCAGAGUCCAUUGCAGGUUGUUCCUGAACCACAAGAUCUGGUAACAAUAUCUCAAUGUAAAUGUACUGCCGGAGACAUCAACCGGAUGGAAAAAAUUGUCGAAGCCAAGUUAGCUUGUUUACCCCAAGAAGAACCGGUCACGACCUUAACAUUCCUCAACCUGUAUCACUCACUUCUCUCGACGACUUUACCUGCCGUUCUUCAGCCAGACCUACUGAUCCUUUCAUGCAAGCUGGAGACUAUUUGCUGUGACGCAAAUUAUGCUGCCUUUCCCUCAUCACUUUUGGCUUUCGCCCUGCUGUUUGUCGAAAUGAAGUGUCACCAGCCGGCCAUCGAGGUUAUUAUCAGAGACGUUUUACUAGAACUUCAGAGACUUGUUCAGGUCAAAGAUGACAAGUUGAAGGAGUGUAUUAGAAUGGUCACUUCGGUAAUGGCACCUUACGAUGGCUAUGCCCAAAGUAAUCCGUCUCAUCGUCAACGACUUACCUGGAAAUUGUCCAGGCGUACUUUAAAGCAGUUACGGCCAACCGAAAAAUUAGUUAAUGUUUUACCCACAAUCGAGGAAAACCGCCAAUUUGGACAGGUGCAAAAACGAAGUCGCCGUUCACGUCUUACUCCGCACAAGAUGCGACCUGUCUCCCCGGGCGCGGUCUUGUCCUCUCUGCCUCUGCCCUUCCCGACCAAAGAAGAUUUGACGUCUUUCUUCGACAAUUUCGUUGCGGCUUCACCUUAUUCAUUUAGAUUCCUUUACGGUCUUGAGGAAGAAAGUCCUUCUACUGCUUGAAUGGGGAAAUUCCAGCAACGUUUGCAAAUAUUCUUCCUCUUAAAAAAAUUUACAACACAAUUAUUAGAUGUAUUUUGUUUAUCUUCUCGAAGCGGCUUUCUCUUCUGAAAGGAAAAAAGUUCAACAAUUGCCUUGUAGAUACUGUAGAUAAAUAACUGCCAUUCUGAAUUUUAAGGGAUUUGAAAACGCAAGAUUGUCAUUCACUUUAGUCUAAAAGAACUUUUCAAAUCUUGCAACCACUCGGCAUGGAGUUUUGCCAAUUUUCGAAAGAACUUGCGAAUGUUGGUAACCUGAAUCAAUUCGUCAACUUUAAUAUUUCUAUCAGUGAUUUAUUUAUUGUAUUAUUUCUACGUUUGUUCGUAACGAGUCUCAAUUUUUUUUUGCUUGUCCCCUUAUUCCCUACUUCGUCGUUCAUGAAAGAAAUGGAACAAAAACAAUAAAAAAGUACAAAAUUGUCAAACUGA